AUGGAUACUCCUUCAAGAGUUGGAAUUAUGCUAAUGUUGUCCCUCUUGAUAUUCAAUGUUGUCAAAGGUGCCCCGCGCACCGGUAUAGUUAAUAGGGCUUGCAAUACCGGCUCCUAUUCGAGCGACAAUCCUUAUGCAAACAACAUGACUUACAUUCUCGAGGACAUGGUGACCGUGACACCAAAUCACGCGGACUACGACUACUCUACCACAUCUCCUUAUACCGUGGCAGCCGCCUACGGUCUCGCAACUUGUAGCCAAGCACUUUCUUACAGCAAUUGUGGCAAAUGCACGGGCUCCGUUAAAUCCCCAAUACUGGCGAUAUGUCCAAACAGUGGACAUGUCUUGGCACUCAAGUGA